CAGCACUCUGAAGCCACCAGCCACGAUGCUUUGGGGUCUCCUUUCCCUCCUCCUCUUUGCCAUGGCCAGCGGGACGCCAAUCGGGGGCCAGGAUGAGGAUAUCCAAGUACAGGAGAAUUUUGAGGCUGAGCAGAUGUACGGGAAGUGGUACGACAUCGCCAUUGGCACAACUUGCAAAUGGAUGAAGAACUACAAGGAGAAGUUCAGCAUGGGCACGCUGGUGCUGGGCCCUGGCCCCAGCACCGACCAGAUCAGCACUGCCAGCACCAGGAUGCGGCAAGGUGACUGCACGCACGUCACAGGAGAGUACCAGAAAACCAGCACUCCCGGCAAAUACACCUACUAUAACCCCAAAUGGGACGUGUCCAUCCAGUCCUAUGUGCUCCACACCAACUAUGACGAAUACGCUGUCAUUCUGAUGAAGAAGAAAAGUAGUUUUGGCCCAACAACCACCCUGAAGCUGUACGGGAGGAGCCCGGAGCUGCGGGAGGACCUCAUUGAGGCUUUCCAGCAGCAGGCUCUGGAGCUGGGCAUCCCUGCGGACUCCAUCUUCAUCCUGGCCAACAGAGGUGAAUGCAUCCCCCAGGUGACUGCAGCUGCCCCCGAG